CCGUGUGUCACUCUCUCGCAGCCCAGGUUUGGCACUCGCUCCUCAGCCUCGUCGCGCCUGCCGCUCCCCCUCCACCAGCUCCUCUUUCAGGCUCACUUCAGGAUCUUUAUUUGCUCAAGAAGGCUGCAGUGCCCCGAUCUCAGGCCAUCAGGGCCCCUCAUAAAGGAUUAACCACACAAUCCCAAAGUGCUUUAUGAGAGAAGUGACAAAAACCUGGCAGAAAACGAAAUGCUCAAUACUGAAUACUCAAUAUUUGAACGAAAACGACAAGCUCUGAUUAAACUAUUAAACGGAUGUAGUCGUUUGAUUUGUGAAAAGGUCACACGCGGGAUGGGACGGCGCUUCUUGGACGCGCGUGCGCGGGCGCGCGGGCGCGCGUGCGCGUGAGGGAGGGGGGGGGGAGCCGAAGGAUGCAGAUGCCGAGGAGAGACGAGCAGGACGGAAAAUACAACAAGUGAGUGAACUGUUGCUUCGCAAAUCAAGCGUCUCUGUAGCGGGAAACUCGGCAAAAGUAAGUCGUCGGAACAUUUCGUUUGAGGAGCGGUUUCCAGCCUCGCGCUGUGACCUCGUUUCCCGCCUCGCCCGCUCUGGACGCCGCUGCUCCGGCGUCUUGGACGAGACGCCGCAAGUUUUUAUUAUUAGUGCGAGCGACUUUGCGGCGCAACUUCAGCCGACGGACGCGGCGGCGGAGGCGCUCCGUCGGUCUGUGGAGGGUUUCCCUCCGGUCCUGGACCAGUUCUCCCGCGGCGUUUUCCGUCCGAAGCCGCAGCCUGAAAAGCCACCGAGCAGCGUGUCCGUAAAGAUGCUGACUGGUUUGAUGUGAUGUUGUGUUUUCUGCUUCAUCCACGCUGCCUUUAAAGCGAGAGUUUACGCAUCCAAAGCAAUUUAGCCUGACCCUUCCUCAGAAUCUGCCUUUUUAUGACCUGUAACCAAAUCUUUGCUGAGGGAGGAGGAGUAGACUGCGGAGAUAAAUCCGGUCCCGGCUCAACUAAACAAUAUGUGUGAGGACAAGCGUGAGCCCCUCAGCUAAAACACAAGCGAGGGCUGCGACGGCAGAGUGAUCAGGUCUCUGGCUCUUCCUCCCUCGUUCCCGGACAGACCAGCAAAGCGCCCCUUCCCUGUAUGUGGUGGGUGAGAUGAACUCCACUGGGAAUACUGUAGACCCCACCUGACAGCUCGCUGCCUGAACAAGUGAAAGCUUCUCACCGGAACUUCCACAACCACAGAGCUGCAUGAAAAGAAAAUCGGUUUCUUAAAAUCCAACAUCUCCCACAACGGCGCUCGCUGCUGGCAAAGACAUUUCCAAUAUAGAUGCCGUUUUUGCCUUAGACGUCGCGUUAUCCUCAGACAAAGGUCAAAAGCCCUUAGACACAGUGAACCGCAGGAAAUUGAAAAAUAUAUGGAUAGGAGACAAAUGUGGUGAACAUCAAGAAAUGGAAAAGUCUCAUCACUGUACUUGUUCUGACUUCUGAUUUUCUCAUAAUUUGACCGUCCUACUUCUUGAAUAGCCCCCAAUUUAUUCUCUUUACCUCAACAAAUCACACAUUUCUCCCCUUCAGCCUUCUCUAUCCAGUAGCUAGUUUCCCACCCAGACUUCAGCCUGGCCGGCACAACCAUUCCGGCCAAGGGGGAGGAGGACUUCCUCACGCUGGCCGCCUCCCGACUCAGCCGCAAGAAACGAGUCAUCGGGGCUGGAGUCGGCGUGGCCAUGGUCCUGGUCCUGCUGGUGGCCAUUCCCUUAUUGGUCCACACCACCAAAGGGGCAGGGUCUGGGGGAGGGGGAACGCACUACGAGAUGCUCGGGAGCUGCAAGAUGGUGUGUGACACUUUCACCCCCCCACAGGGAGAGCUGACGGUUGCCUCCCCUCAGCCCCCAGACUUUCCAAACCGGAGGGGCAAACAGGGCUUCAAAGGAGGCCCUGGACUUCCUGGUCCUCCAGGCCCUAAAGGGCCCCCCGGGCCACCUGGAGAUCCGGGUAAACCGGGACCGCCCGGUCCACCAGGACCCGGACCUGGCGGCUACGGCUCAUCCUUCUACAGUCCCAAAAUUGCCUUCUAUGCCGGCCUUCGGAAACAACACGAAGGCAGCGAAAUACUGAAGUUUGAUGACGUGGUGACCAAUGUGGGGAACUACUAUGAGCCCAGCACCGGCAAGUUCACGUGCCCUCUGCCUGGUAUCUACUACUUCACCUACCACGUUCUGAUGAGAGGAGGCGAUGGGACCAGCAUGUGGGCUGACCUGAAGAAGAACGGACAGGUGAGAGCCAGCGCCAUCGCACAGGACGCCGACCAGAACUACGACUACGCCUCCAACAGCGUCAUCCUGCACCUGGACGUGGGCGACGAGGUCUGCGUGCAGCUGGACGGGGGCAAAGUUCACGGGGGAAACACCAACAAAUACAGCACCUUCUCCGGCUUCCUCAUCUACCCCGACUGACUGCACCCCCCGCCCACCGCCCCCCGGCCCCCCGCCCCCCCGGCCCCCGGCCCCUGGGCCUCGGGCCUCGGCGCCGGCAGCCGGGCCAGCGCUUCCCUCCCCUCGACAUCUAACGUGUACUUUCUCAUUUGCUGUGUAGUCAACGUCGAGCAACACGACCGCGGUUUACGGACAGGGCUUGAGGGGAAUUUGUGUCAAAAUGAAUUAUACAGCGUGUGUGUGUUAGCAUCUAGCAGUUAGCAGCCGUCACUGACGCACACACUGUGCAGCCACAAGUCUGUUCCAUGUACAGCGUGCAGGCGGUGACUGCAAUGAUCUGUGAAUGUAGACCGUAAACACAUACGCUGAUCAUAAUUCAGUUCACACACACACACACACACACACACACACACACACACACACACACACACACACACACACACACACACACACACACACAGCGUAUCGAUACUGGGCUUUAGCUGUAAGACUCUGCCCGAGCCGGAGCUUACGACAGCGUCUCAUCAGGUCCUGCUAACGAGCUGACGUCUCCUCUGCAGCGUCCACUGUCUGCUGCACGGAUAGGACUUAGAAGUAGUUGGACGUUUACAGAAACACGUUUGGUAUUCUACAUGCACAGCUGCCCAGUCAAAGGGGACGUCAGGGAGCGGAGGCAGCUCCCGGGACUCUGACCCAGCUCCCUACGAAGCCGACGCCGAAGCCCAUUUACAAAAAUGUGGAAUUGUUCCUUGAAUUUAACUGUGAAUGUUUUUGAAAUGCAGGUGAAUGUUGUUGACGUGUCACUGCCAUAUCAUAGGUUUUCUGUGCCUUACACUAUCUACCGUCCUUUUUACGUUCCGUGCAUGAGACAGUUCCUGUCUACGAAGCCAGGUUCUGGUGGACGGACUGCUCCGUGUGAUGCAGAACGGACCCAACAUGGGACGUCCACGCACAAUGUUAAGGAAUGAAGGGAGGAAAACGCUUUUGUAUGUGAGAGGAGACAACCCGCCGCUGUAAAUAAAACAAGAGAAGAAGAGACGGGUUCCGUCUGCACCUCUGCAAACCUAUAACAGAAGCAUGUCAGUCGUGUUCACACUGUUCAUCUGGAGAAAUAUGUUUAUAUAAACAAAUUCUAAUUUUUCCUUUUGAAAUUAUACUCUAUCUAUUGUAAUGUUAGAACGAGAGAGAAACUGAUCUGCGUGUUGAAACAUGUGGCACAGAUCUAAACGUGUGACCUGAUGAGGUCUGGGCGCCGGCUUUCGGAUCAUGUGGACAUUUUUGUGCUGUGUUUUAAAAAGAACCCGUCCUGACGUCGUAUAUUAUACACGGACGUCCCCUCCGCGUGGCUUCACAUAACCUCCGAUGCCGUUGCCGUCGCUCACCAGCCGUGUGGAGUCAUUGUUGUCACUGUACUUUGCAAGCCGACUUGUGUGUAUUUGUUGUGUAUGAAAUCAACCUAUGUUUUUCUCUGCUCUUAAAGAUUGUGGAACCCAAUAAAAAAGAAGCCAGGA